AUGUUCAUUCUGUGUACCAUUCUGCCAGCAAUUACCAUCAUCUGUUACUUGGGUGUAGUCUGGUGGGUUCGUAAAACCUCUCAUGAGAUGCAGAACUUCAACAGGACUUCAAAUGCAGCAAAGCUGGAGAAGAAAUUGACAUUGGUGGGUAUGUCUUGUUGUGAGCAGAGUAUUUUUGUAUUUUAAAGAGCAAUAGGAACACAGUGUUGCUUUGACUCAGACAUUGAUUGUGUCCCUAUAGAUUGAAAAUUAUUGUCAAAAUAUUGGGGAAAUGCCAAAGCACUUAUGGAUGCUAUGGACUGGGCUGUUUGUGUGUGUUUGCCUUCAUGUAUGGUUUGUGUUCCAUUUGAGUUGCAGACAUUGAGCAACUCCUCUGUUUUUCAGUUGUUAGAUUCAUUGGUAUGAAAGCUUAUUGUAUUAAUGCGAAAUAAUAUUAAUAUUCAAAAUAUUUAUACCCCACCCAUCUGGUUGGGUUUUCGCAGCCACAUACAUACUGGGGGCUAACUUAAUGAUGAACCUGUAUACUGUAAGACUCUCAGAUCUUGCAAUACAUGGGCUCAUAGAGCGUGUGGUGUACGUAUUUCUUUUCUAUGAGAUGCUAAAGCUCUGGCAUAUUUUCUUCUAUAGGACUAUAAUUUGAAACAGGUGACAUUCCAUUAUGAUGUAAAGCAUCUGAUAAACACAAAGGAUGCUUAUCCUGAUCUUGUGUUAUUUUUUUCCGCUAGAGGGCUGCUGUACUGCAGAGGAUACUGCUUUUGGGUCUUAGGAUAAAAUGAAUGGACAGCCUAAAAUAAAAGCAAGAGCCAAUUGUUUAAAUAUCUCUUAAAUACUAAGGCACUAAUCCUUCAUUUUUCUCUCACCGAUUCGAAAUAACAGAUAGAGAAGGAGAAAAUAUAAAAAGCCAGCCAGUAACUAAUUAUAAGUGGUUGUUUUUACAGAUGGCUGUACUGAUCAGUGUGGGAUUCCUCAGCGCAUGGACACCAUAUGCCACAGUCAGCUUCUGGUCAAUAUUUCACUCCAGUGAAUCAAUACCGCCCAUCGUUACCUUGUUGCCAUGUCUUUUUGCUAAAUCCUCAACAGCCUACAACCCUUUUCAUGUACUAUACUUUCAGCAAAACUUAAGCGCCUCCAGUGCUGCUGUGGUCAGAAAGUUUACUUAG